GACCAAUGAGUGACGGAAAGAAACUAACCAUACAUUCUGUUUGAGACACCCUCUACCAACACGUGCAGUUCUUCAUAUCGAGUCUCUUAUCUGACCACUGGGCAGUUAUAUCUACAUGAACAGUUGUGUCAAUUUUAUUAUUGCAAACCUGUCUUACAAACCAGGUGGCAUGUCUUUAUAGUAGUUCUACUUACCAAAUUAUAUAUGUGAAGGAGAGAUACCAGUACCUUAUAAGACAUAGCAAAACAAUCGCCAACAAACAACCAUGUCCUGUAACAGAACAUUUCAAUCGACCUUGAUUUUAUUUAUGUGUUUUCUACCAACCACGGUUUGGAGUAAUGGAUAUCCACGACUUAUCGGAUCUUUCCACGUCAAUCAACCUGGAUAUAUAGCAGUUAUUGGUUCAACCAAUAGGGACAGGGCAUACCCUCAUCAUCUCGUCCUUCAACGGAGUCCCUUUUACAACGGAUCACGUAUAUCGUGUCACGGACGUGCGGACCCAUCUUGGCAGUCUGUCUAGCGUUAAGCCAGACUUGAUAACAACAACUAUUACAUGGCCGAACGAAGUCAACGCGGUACCAGAUGACGUUUUUGGCAGUUCUAUGGUGGCGGUCGCAGGUGGAUUUCUGGUGCCAUUCAAAACGAAAGGAACGAUUUCUCUGUUUAACACAACCGGGGCUACUUUACAGGGGCCAUAUGAGAUCACUGGAGGGCACGCGGACCAUGAUUGGUUUUAUCACCGUGUAAAAUGGAUGGAUAUGAACGGAGAUGGAGCAAAAGAUGCUGUCACAUGUCGGGGAAAGAAAUCAGUAUUUGGCGGGUCAAGCGGUGAGCUCGUUUGGUAUGAGCACCCAACAUUGUAUCGGGACAACUUCAAAUACCCAUGGACAGCCCAUAUCAUCGGUGAUGACUCCGAUACUUUUUUUGAUAUGACGUCACUUCCGUCGUCUGAUGGAAUGCUGCCGUGCAUUGUGACUACAGGGUAUUUUUCAAAUAAACUGAAAAUCUAUUGGACGACGGAACCUAACGGUUCCUGGAAUGAUCUCAGCUUGGUCCAUUCCCGGAUAAUUGAGAGUGGUAUCGGUCACGUGUUUGACGUACAAGUGGCGGACAUGAAUGGUGAUGGUAAUGCUGAUCUACUUGUUACUGCUAACGGGAUUUCACAGACUGGACUUUACAUAUACGAGAUUCCAAGUGAUUUCAGAACGGGCACAUUUACACGACACGUGCUGAAAUCAGAUUUCCACUCCCACAACAUCCUACCAGGAGGUGGCGCUCCUGGCUCAGCUCAGAUCAUAAGGAACUCGACAACAUCAUCCGGAAAGCCGAUGAUUCUGGUGUCUGGUGACGAUGACAGUCGAGCAUAUUUAUUUUCCCCUGUAAGGACUUCCGCUUCCGACUGGUCAUACCGGAUGAACAUCUUCCUUGACAAGCACAGUGGCACGAUUGGUGGCAUCGCCUAUACUGACGUGGACGAUGACGGGUACCCCGAGUUGUUUGUUCCCGCGUAUAGCGAUAACUUGGUUUAUGUUUAUACAUUAAAGGAAUAAAGAUGUUUUAUAACAAUAAUAAA